UUUGAAUAUUAGGCAACACCUGUCCUGCGUGUUUGCUAAAUAACUUUCUGGUGGCUAUAAUCACAGGUCCACUGAUAUCGUUUUCAUUUUUAAAGAAUACUUACUUGAGACACAGAGCGUGACUUUUUCGUUAUGGCAUCUGGUUCAGCUCUUGUUGUGGCGGCCAUUGAUUUCGGCACGACCUACUCUGGCUGGGCGUUUUCCUUCAAGCAUGAGUUUGAACGGGAUCCAACAAAAGUAUCUGCAAAAACAUGGCGUGGGGGUCAGUUUUCUUCUCUCAAAGGACCAACCUGUGUGUUGAUCAAGCCGGACGGAAAAACAUUUGAGACUUUCGGCUUCGAAGCGGAGAAACGCUAUACGGAACUGGCGGAGGAAGAUGCCCACAAGAAAUGGUUCUACUUUAGGCGCUUCAAGAUGAGUCUUUGGAAAAAGGUCAUUAAUCGCAAUACAAAACUGGAAGACGAGAGCGGUAAAGAAUUACCUGCUAUGACGGUCUUUUCACUAUCUAUCAGGUUCCUUAAGGAUGAGCUUUUAAAGAGAUCCGGUGACCAAAUAGGAGAAAAUGGCCUGGAACCGGAAGAUAUUCACUGGGUGCUGACAGUUCCCGCUAUUUGGAACGACGCCGCAAAACAAUUCAUGAGAGAGGCGGCCCAGGAGGCUGGAAUACUUCAAAACAUGUUGACAAUAGCGCUUGAGCCCGAGGCAGCCUCACUCUACUGCAGGCAUCUUCCAGUUGAGAAGGGAGAUAAUUCCAGGACUUGUCUCUCCAAAUUUGGCCCAGGAAAGAAGUAUCUUGUCCUCGACGCUGGAGGCGGAACUGUUGAUAUCGCUGUACAUGAGGUUGGACCUUCCGGGGAUCUAAAGGAACUUCACAAGGCGAGUGGAGGUGCCUGGGGUGGCACGAAAGUCGAUGAAGCUUUUAUGAAUUUUCUUGGGCAGCUUGCAGGACCUGACGUUAUUGAGAGAUUCAAAGAUGUAAACAUGGAGGAUUACAUAGAUUUGCUUCGUGACUUCGAAAUCAAGAAAAGGGACAUUGCUCCUAGCAAGGACUCGAAAGUCACAAUCAAAUUACCUAUUGCCCUUUCGGAGUUAGUAAGGGAGAUGAAAGGGACAGAGUUAAAGAGUAAAAUUCAGCAGUCGGGACUUGAAGAAAAGGCUAAACUGACUGGCGACAAGCUGAGAUUAGAAGCAAGUGUGGUGAAGACAUUCUUUCAAACGUCAAUCAGCAGUUGCGUGAAGCAUGUCUCGGUCCUUCUCGAUAAACCCGUCAACCGUGGGGUUCAAGCGAUUUUGAUGGUCGGUGGUUUCUCGGAGUCACCUAUGCUGCAAGAAACGAUCAAGAUCAAAUUUCCAAAAUUAACGAUCAUUACACCACCCGAGGCUGGACUUGCAGUUUUGAAAGGAGCUGUGAUAUUUGGCCACAGCCCCAAAAGCGUUUCAGAACGAGUUAGCAAGUACACAUACGGAACCGACAUUUCGGUUCCAUUUGAUGGGAGCAAACAUCCAUGGUCGAAAAGGGAAGAAUACAAGAAUGGUGAAGUUAGAUGUAAUGAUAUAUUUUCAAAACUCGUAGAACUUGAUCAAACCAUGGUAGUCGGGCAAACACAGGGUGCAAAAAUUUUCACACCGAUAUGUGAAGAUCAAAAGUUGAUGUCAAUGAACAUAUAUGCGAGUAAAAACAAGGAUCCUAAGUUUGUUACAGACUACCGAUGCCAGAAGAUUGGAUCCUUCGAUGUCCCAAUGACCGGCACUGGUACUGACCGGUCAGUUAUGGUGCAAAUGACUUUUGCGGGGACGGAGAUCGACGUAGAGUGUAAAUAGAAGGACACAGGCAAUGUUACUCACCACAAAGUGGACUUCUUGUCGUAAACAAAAAAAUGACUUGGUUGUGUUAGAAAUAAAAUAGAAAUAUGAUUGGACUGUUAUCAUUAUUUUUAAUUGGAAUAUAGGAUUUUAGGCGGGUUAAUAUUUUCUCAUCUUAGAUUUUUUAUGAAACUUGCCCAAAGGCAAUAAGUAACCUAAACUGCAAUACCCUUCUUAAAUGACUUAGUAUUAAGCACAUAAUACGCAUUCAGUUAUCGAAAAACUAGCCGUUUCUUCUUAUGUAAAACAUGCUGUGUUAUCCUGUUUAGACAUAUUUACCGAGAACUGUAAUGUACAGUAGUCAGAAGGUAGUGUUGUUUUCAAACCUUCAAAAUGAAUAAGCCCUGUAGAUAAUUGUAUAAAAUAGAAUUGGAUUUAAAUCUGUAUUUCUAAAACCUACCGGAAUGAAAGCAUUUACAAAGACUGACGAUAAGGCGACUAUAAAUGAAUCCCGCCCGUCCAAAUAAAAAUGACUGGAACUUUGGUCUCUAUUUGCGUAUCGGUCCGGUACUGUCGGUGAACGGCGUUUAUUCAGACCUACAGUGUCGAUGAAUAACACUCACAAGUAAAACUAAUUGUUACAAUCGUGUUCGUGGGUAAGCGAUAAGAAAGAGUAUGAAUGCACAUUCAACGGUAAAACAGUCAUCUAAAAAAUAUGAAAUAAAUAAAUAAAUAAAAUGAUCCCGCCACAUUUAAACGUUUAAACCCCAAGACCCCCCCCACCCAAUGUAAAACAAAUUGGAUGAAAAUUUAGCAAUUAAUUUAAAUUAGCAUAAAUUAACCGUUCAUGCAUCCGUUUCUGAAUGGUGUUAUUACACAUUUCUUUUUGUGAAGAGAGUAAUUUUGGCAUUAUACGGUCCAUUUAUCGUAUGAUUGUGGGUCAUAUAUAAGCCAUUUAUAUGGUGAUUAGUGAUGUGUGUCUUUUAUAAGCCAUAUAUAUGGUGAUUGAUGUUGUGUGUCAUAUAUAAGGUAUAUAUAUGGUGAUUGAUGUUGUGUGUCAUAUAUAAGGUAUAUAUCUGGUGAUUGAUGUUGUAUGUCAUAUAUAAGGUAUAUAUUUGGUGAUUGAUGUUGUGUGUCAAAUAUAUGGUAAUUGAUGAAGUGUGUCAUAUUAAAGACAUUAAUAUAUUGAUGGUUGAUGAUGUGUGUCCUACAUAAGCGUUUGAGUACGUAUAAUGUCAUACCUCUUCUGUAAUGCAAUACUAAUGCAGUUUAAUUUGGUUCUAUCGUCCAAUUGAAAGUGGUAAUACUGUUCGCAAGACACUACAAUAUAAAGUAUGUUCGUCGAACCCUCAACUUUUAUUAAAAUAUUUAACAAUUAUCAAUGAAAUAGUCAGUUUACAUCUUUCGAAAGAACAAGCAUAUCAACAUACAGCAAAUGAACUAAUAUGAAUACACCUUUAAAUCCGCCAAAUGCUAUUGUAAAAUUACAAAGGCAUCUUAUGACCGAUUAUAGUUCGCUGAAGGUCGACUCAAAGCUACAGAAGGAUGGAUUUUUAUAAUAUCUGAAUCGUAUCGUGCAAUGUUGAGCCUUCGGCCGUAUAUUUGCUUGACAAGUUUUAUGGGUAUUUCAUUUAAAUAACAUUUAAAGAAGCAUUACUAAAGAUUUCAUGACGAUAAUUUCAAAAUUGUGUAAGACACUUGUUUGCAAUGCGCAUUUUGAAUACAUAAAUUGACGUCACACAAAUGACGUCAUAACAGACGCACAUUAUUGAAAUGACACUGGUCUUCAUUGUACCAUACCAUUUUAAAUCCGCGUGAUAUUGGCCCAGGUAAAUAUAUGCCCACUUGUACAUUUUGA